UGGGAAAAUUAUAAGCAGAAGGGAACCAUCAGUACAACUAGAAGGAAGCAGGACGGGAACAUCUAGGUUCGGUAGCGGCGUGUAUAACACCACCUUAACAUCUAACAUCACCACCAUGGCUGACCCGGAAAAACAGCCCGAACAACCCAAGGCUAAUCUACAGAAAAUGGUCAUCGCUACUAAAGUGACCGGGACUGUAAAGUGGUUCAACGUAAAGAGUGGUUACGGGUUUAUCAACAGAAAUGACAGCAAAGAAGACGUAUUUGUUCAUCAAUCGGCUAUUGUGAAGAACAAUCCAAAAAAAGCCGUACGAAGUGUUGGGGACGGAGAAGUUGUCGAAUUUGACGUAGUGAUCGGUGAGAAAGGUCAUGAAGCUGCAAAUGUAACAGGACCUGAGGGUGAACCAGUAAAAGGUUCGCCUUACGCCGCCGACAAACGUCGUGGUUACCGUACGUGGUACAACAGACCCCGUGGGGGUGGCUCAAGACCUCAACGCCGACCAAGAGAAGGCCAGGAGGGUUACGAGUCAGGAGACGGUAAACAAGUAGAGGACAACAACAUCGGCGAUGGUAAUCAGAGACGUUACAGACCUCGUCGUAACUAUGACAAUUACUACCGCGGUGGUCGCCGAUCAGGCCCACCAAACCAGCAGCACGGUGAAAACGGCGGCGAAGGAGGCGGCGCAGCUCGCUACGACAAAGGCGAGCAAGGCGGCGAGGGCGGAAACGAAGGAGGUGGCCCACCUCGCAGCAGCGGACGUGGACGUGGAUCCGCACCACGUCGGUUCUACCGCCGCAACUUCCGCGGAGGUAGAGGCGGCGGUGGCCCACCAAGACGGCCAAGAAGCCAAGACAAUCAAGUGAGUGGACAAGAUAAUGAUUUCGGUAGAAAUUCAAAUAGAUCUUUGCAUCCACACUUUAGACGACGUAUUACACGUAAUUCACGUUACGGCAAUCCUAAAUUUGCAAAUAAAGAAAAUAUCCAACCAUUUUUUGAUCCUAUUUCCUCUUCACACUCCAAGAUUCUUCCUGAAGCCGGUGAUAAUGCUGUUAAGGAGCCGAAAUCUCAGGUUUCAAUGAAGCUGCAUGAACAGGAUGUAUGUAAAAAACAAGAUACACCCGAUGUUACUUCUUCGCAGGACAGCCAGGCUGUGCAAAACACCACCACCGAGAGCAACGCUUAAUUAAUAUCUGAAAAAAAAAGAAUAAUAAUAAAUAAAAAAUAAUUAAAGCGCUACCACCAUUCAACACUCCUAUUAUGUAACACCACAAUCCCAUAAAACACACAGAUGAAUCUGAACAGCAGCGGUAAUUAAUGUCACCAACUACUCAACAAGUACAUCAAUCAAUAUUCAAUUCAACAACAACAACCACAACAACAACAACAACAACAACAACAACAACAACAUCAACAACAACAUAUUUAAAAAUAUAUAACAAUUAAUUAAAAAUAUCAAGACAAAAAUUUAUUUAACACUUCCCACAAGUUAAGAAAAAAAAAAAAAUCUUCAUCGUGAAUCACUAAAAUAUUACAUCAAGAUUUAAUUACAUAAAAGUACACGCUGAUUUUAUUAUUAUUUUUUUUUUGCUAAGCGGGAACUGUCGGAAAAAUUGUAAUUGCGCUUAAUUUAAUAUUUAAUAAGUAUUGAAAUUCCAAUGCUUGGUUUAAGUGUACUAAAUAUUUUUGCUAGCGUUGCGUUCAAUUAUUUGCAUUUUUUUUUUUAUUUUUCGUACUACGAGUACAAAUUUUGAAUGAAGAUUAUAUUAUAUUGAUUAUAAUUAAUUGGUAUUUCUGAAUUGAAAAAUUGUUUAUUUUUUCUCAGUAAAAAGUUUUUUUUUUGCUAUUAUAAUCAUUGACAUUUAAAGUGAUACACGAUUCUGAUGAAGAAUAAUAAAUAUUUGUUUAAAUUUGUAAUGACAAAUCAUUGUAAUUUACUUAUUCUUUAAUUGACUAAAAUUUAUAAAUAAGUAAUUGAGUUACUGAUAAGUAUUUCGUAGAAAUACCGAGUUAAAUAAUAACAUCUAAAAAUUAUACAGCUUUGCAUGAACAUCUUUAAAUAGGUUGUAGUAUUAUCACAAAAUAAAUAUCAAUUUUUCUUUUUACAUUUA